AUGUUACCUCGAUGUUGGCGGGCAUUUCGUCCGAUUCGUCGACAUGUUGGACAGUUACGAGCGACUUCUUCCACCAAACCAGCAGUUCCUGAGCCGAAUCCCGAAAUCAUCGAGGGUUUUGAUGGUUUUAUUAACGAUCUAGUCGACCAGACCACGAACAUUCAACAAGAUGCGGGAAAAUUUAGACACCUUAACUCAACGACGUUUAAUGGUUUCGCGAAGGUAGGUUUUGUAUCGUUUUGUUUGAUUUUUUUUCGUUUUUAGGAGUUUCAAUCACGGCCUCCAGCUGAUGAACAUGAAAUGCUGUCGUUCCUGGAUAAAUUGGUGGCUUUAACGAAGCUGGAUAAAACUAUUCCAUACGGAAAGUGGUUGGAAAGGUAAAUCGAAGAAAGUUUGUGCUUGAGAGUUACGUUUUAAUCAGUCUACAUUCUCCAUACAUCGCAUUCGAAGGUCAGAUAAGAAGUUCACUUUUAUACCAAUGAUUGUGGGAGUUUCUGUCUGAAAUUGAUAUCAGGCCUUUCUUGACAACGUUUUCUUUCAGCGAAGCGGUGGUUUCAAGUCUGAACGCCAAGCUUCUUCAUCCAGAAGCCUCUCCGAAUGUUGUAGUAGCUUGCUUGGCCGCGAUCGUAUCGAUAUACACUCCUCGGAAGCCGACAGCAGCUGAAGAUGAUCGUUUAGUUCCUCAUUUGUCAACUACGGUUACCCAGCUGUUCAAACGGGUCCAAGAAUGUGCUGCGGAUAAUCCAGGCGUCCUAGAUAUCAGCCCACUUUUGUCCUUGGCAUUGGCGAUGAAACACAAUGAAUUUGAAGUUGAUGAUGCUGUAAGAAAGGAAUUGUUUGCUCUGUUGCCAAAGAAAAUAGAGUAGGAGUUUUUAUUUUUGUUUCGUUUUUAGAUCUUGAUCUAGUGUAAUAUAAAAAUGUUGGUGUUUGUAGUGACAUUGCGGCUCCGCGGCUACUACUAAUGGUUUUUGAGCUCCAUGAACUUGUUCAUGAUCCUAUCUUGAGAGACAAAAUCGAAGGGAAAGUGGAUGAACUUUUGCCGAUCAUGAAUACCGGAGAAGUCGUUUCUUUGUUUGUAGCGUCGGCUAAAACCGGCUUCAGAAAUGUCAAAAUGCACAGUAGAAUGGCUGAAACUGUCAUAGCGUAAGUUUUUUUAACCUUCAAUAUUGAAUUUUAGGGUUUCCUCGACGGUUUUCCGUUAUAUGGCCUAGUGUAAUAUAAUGAUUUAUAUUUGCAGUAAACGCUCUUUGACGGCCAACCAAUGUGCUCGGCUGUUGACCUCGCUGGAUCUCCUGUCCUUCUAUUACCCGCGGUUUUUGCAAUUCAUUGAAGGACAGAUUCCACAGUCAUUGCACGAGAUAACAAGGUGGAAUACCUUCAACACAAUAACGAUGGCAUUGGCUAAGAUCAAGGUCAAUAACCCGAAUUUAUGGUACUAUUUGGCUCAAUGGGCGAAUCGACAUAACCAGUGAGUGAUGGUUUAUAAGUUUUUGAAUCUUUAUUUUUUAGUAAAGCCAGUGUCCCCGAGCUUUCGUUGGCAAUUUCCUCGUUGGCCUUGGUGAAUAUCCCACCGGAAAUUAUCAAAACAGCCGCAAACCGACUGUCCGAAGUUUUGAAGCCAAAAGGUGUGAAAAAUCCGGCAGUUUGGCUCAACUCUGUCCAUUCAUUGGCUAUGUUGAACCAGCUCCCCGGCCGAAUGGCGGAAACGCUUCUCGAGCCGACGUUUUUAACGGAUUUAAGCAGGAAUUGGUAGGAUGAUGCCUAGUAUAAUAUUAUUGUUUUAAAUUUUAGUAGCGACGAGCUGCGACUGAUCAGGUUUAUAAAGGUACUGCAAGUUGCCAGUUAUUUGAAAUACGACCUACAUCAGGAUGUGAAAAUACCAGAAGAUUUGUUGAAUUUGAUCCAGAGCAAGGUAGGAUGUUUUUUUUUGUUUUUUUUUGGGUUUAGGUAAUAAAUGGAGCGAUGGAAGACGACUUAUUUUCCUUUUGUAUCAGAAUUUCCCUCAAAAUGGGAUAGAUUGCAGAAAAAAUAAAAAAAAUCUAAAUUUUUUUCUGUUUUCAGUCAGAAGAAGUGAUCACCGGCCUCCGACAUCGAAAGAACGUCCAUUCGGAGCGACUAGAAUUCAUCAAGAAUUUAAGUCUGAUCAUUCCCCCCGAAUCCCAUCUCCUGGCCGCUCAAAUUGAGCCGAACACUGGCGCCUAUGUGGAUGGUAUCCUGUAUUUCCAGAAGUCCACGAAACGGUUCGUCCCGGUGAAGUCGUUUGAUGCGAAGAACAAGGACAUUGAAAAAGUCGCCUUAAUCUUCGCCACUCAUAAUAUACUCACAAAACCCGACUUGGACGAGAGGAAUAAAACUCGAGUCAUCGGAGAAGUGGCCAUGAACUGCCGACAUCUGAACAGGGCUGGCUUCAGACCGGUUGUUGUACGAAAACAUGACCUAAAUCAGUUUGCGGACAACUUGGAACAGACCAGGUUUAUCAAGACCCUGCUUUUGGAGAGCACGGCGAAGGAUGAAACGCCUGAUGUGUCGGUUUUCGAGAGGCAGGACUGA